UUUUGGGGGCGAGGCUAUGGCGGCGACGGGGCCCAGCCUGCUUUUGAGGGACAUUCAUUUCGAUUUCAUUGGAAUCGGGUGUCCCUCUUUUCUCGAUUCGUGAAGAGAGUCUCAUUGCGAAAAAUAGGGGGGAGAAAAGAGUGAGAGAUGAAAAAAGAGAAAGAAUUGGAAAGGCAGUAGCAGCAGCAGCAGCAGCAGCACUGCAGAGGGUCUCUUGAAAUCAGUUCGAUUCUUCCGGAUUUUUGGUCUCUGGAAAAUUUUCUCGUUUUUUUUUUUGUGGUUAGUGUCAUUUUUUGUUUGGUUAAAUGGUGAAAGACAGCGUUGAAUUUUGGGGGUGAGGAUAGGUAAGGGGUCGCAAUUGUGAGAGUUUUUUUUCAAAGGGAUGCUAUGGUGGUGUGUAUGGGGAACACCAGUUGAGAGUUAUGGAGGUGGAUGUGAGAUUGAUUUGAUCCGAGAGGGAAAAGGGGGAGAGGAUCUGAUCGCGCGCGUAUACUUUUUCUCUCUCCACUCGUUUCUCUGCCGCCACUGAGGAGGAGGAAGAGGAGGAGAUAGAUUGAUGCAUUUAGUUCCUCUAAAGACAAGGAUCACCGCGCGCAAAUCCAGGCAAGUUGGUCUCCUUCGGCGAGCUUUGGAGAAGCGCGAGCUUCCUUUCUCCGCUCCCAGGCUCGCGCGGCUGGCAAUUCUCUCGAUCUUCCAAAUUCCGAUCGAGCUUCGAUCCUCCGCGGGGUUUCGAGACGACCACCCAGCUCACGCGCGUGAAUUUCUUCCAGGAGGAGGAAAAGAUGCGGGCGGGGGUGUCCACCGUGCAGCAGACGCUAACCACCGAGGCCGCCAAUGUUCUCAAGCUGGCGGUGGCGGAGGCGCAGCGGCGCGGCCACGCCCAAGUCACUCCCUUGCAUGUCGCCACCACGCUACUGUCGGGCACCACCAGCGUCCUCCGCCAGGCCUGUAUCCAAUCCCACUUGCACCUCCCGCAGCCCCCACAUUGCCGCAGCCUCGAGCUUUGCUUCAAGGUGGCGCUGGAUCGAUUGCAAACCAGCACCACCACCGGUAACUCCACUCCCUCCUCCACCGCCACCCCGGUGACCCCAGCAGCUCCUCCGCCAUCUUCUUCUUCUCCAUCGUCUUUGCUCCACCACCACCACCACCAUCACCACCACCACCAAAUCCAGCAGCAGCAGCAGCUCCACCACCAGCACCAGCACCACCAGCAACCGGCGCUCUCCAACGCGCUCGUCGCGGCUCUCAAGCGGGCACAGGCUCACCAGCGAAGGGGCUACCCGGAGCAGCAGCAGGUCCCUCUCCUGGCCGUCAAGGUGGAGAUGGAGCAGCUCAUAAUCUCCAUCCUGGACGAUCCCAGCGUCAGCCGGGUGAUGAGGGAGGCCAGCUUCUCCAGCACCCAGGUGAAGAACAGCCUCGAGGAGGCGCUGGCUGCCGCAGCCGCCGCCGCCGCAUCGUCGGCGUCGGGUGGAUCGUCCACCUGCGCUGCUCAGGCCAGGAGAAUUCUACCAUCUUCGGCAGGAGCGGCGGCUGCGGCUGCGGCGGCAGCAUCCAUGGUUGGCAGUCCGAACUCUACCACCAGCGUCGACCGGUUGAGGCUGAAAUUGGGAUCCUUGGAGCAGUACACCGCGGCGGCAGCGGCAGCAGCAGCAACAGCAGGAGCUUCUCCUUUCCGAGCUGGAGUUUUCGGUCCCGGUUCCACCACCACCACCACCACCGCUCCAAAUCUUCUCAUUCCAGGCUUGCUCGUCCAGCAGUCGAGCAGAAGCAUUGCUCCCGAUCACCACCAACACCACCAGCAGCUCAACAGCGUUCUCAUGGGGAUGACCAUCCCUUCGAGCGGUAGCAGCAACAAGAGCUCCGUGGACGUGAGCCGGGUGCUGGAGAUCCUUCUCAAGUCCAAGAAGAGGAAUCCGCUGUUGUUUGGCGAGCAGCCGCCACACGGUGUCGCGCAGGAGGUGAUGCAUCGGCUCGACAAAGGUGACUGCGAGCCAAGCCUGUCCAACCUCCGGAUACUCUCGCCGCAAUUCGCCUCCAUAGCUCUGGGACUGCAUGCCAAGGACGAAGUCGAGCGCAAGCUCGCCGAGCUCGUCCGCUCCGUGGAGGAGAGCCUGCUGCGCUCCGCCGGCGUGGUGGUUUAUCUGGGAGAUUUGCAGUGGCUCGUCGAGAGGCCUUCUCCUCCUCCUCCUCCAUCAUCUGGAGCAGCGGCUCCCUCGUCGCCUCUCUACUGCCCCGUCCAACAUACCGUGUCGGAGAUUGGAAAGCUGCUGGCUGGACAUAGCAGUCAAGUCUGGUUGAUGGGGAUCGCGUCGUCGCAAACUUAUAUGAGGUGCCAAGCUCGCCAUCCUUCUCUCGAUUCCUUGUGGGGGCUCCAACCUCUGCCAAUCUCCAGUGGAUUCAGCAUGACUCUGCGGAACAGCGGCAGCAACGGCAGCGCCAGGUUUGGAAGCUCAAACUGCGUAGAGUCUCCGUCACCUGUGCGUACUGCUGUUCCUGGCCUGUGGCCAUCGUUGCCAUUUAAGCUGCAGCCUGAAAAUGGAAGCUUGGAGAACUGCUGUGCCGAGUGCGUUGCCAAGUACGAGCAGGAGGUGCAGGAGAAUAUCUCGAGCAGCGAGGAGCACACCCCCAGUGGCCUGCCAUUCUGGCUCAAGCCAAACAAGGAUGCCGACCAGGCAAAUGGACGUAGCCAAAAGUUGAAGGAGCUCCAGAAGAAAUGGUCGCAAACGUGCCGGAGCCUGCAUGGGAUGCGGCGAAACUCGAGCUCGACCAAAGGCUUCUCCUCCGAGACCGGUGCCAAUGGCAAAGUUGCUUGCAGUACUACUGUUGGUGGUAGCUUGCCCAUGUCGAUCCCGUGGCUCUCUCUCCAACCUCAAAUCUCCAAUGGCACGCAACCAGUGCCCGAGAAGAAUGGACUGGCGGCUCGUAGUCACGGCGAAGAGGUCGGGCCCGUAUGCACCAGCUUGGCGGAAGAUGGCUUGUCCACGGAUAUCGGGCUGAGUCUCAAGCCAUCCACUCCACAUAGUUCUAGUCCGCAAGGAAAGCAACCGGAUUCCGACGUGACGGUGCAAACCGACUUGGUUCUUGGACGGUCCGAGUCACUCAAGUGCAAUGACAGCAGCGUCACCGCACAGUCGAAGGGCUUCACUGUUGAUGCAAAGCCUCAACAACAACAGCACCAACGUCGCGAGGCCUUGGAAAGCCUAGCAGCUGGUUGCACAACUUCGGGUUCCUUCGGUUUUCCGGUCUUGCCUAUAUCACCCGAGAAGAGGAGUUACCAGAACGGGAUUGACAAGCCACAGGUACCUGCUGUUAUCAAACCGAACGUCUUCAAGGCUCCACCGGUGAAGGAACUCGACUAUAAAGGUCUCUGCAAAGCUCUGGCAGAAAACGUACCGUGGCAACGGGAUGCCGUCGACGCUGUGUCUUCCACAAUUUUGAACCGUGCUGGAAGAGGCAACACCUGGCUGCUGUUCCUGGGGCCGGAUGCAAUGGCAAAGAGGAAAGUCGCGAGAAUUCUGGCGGAGCAAGUCUACGGUUCCGACAAAAUGCUCCUCCGAUUGAGUUUGAGGUCCGGUAGGCGUCAGGAGCGGGACGUUGAAGCUGUGACUGGCAGAGGACGAACUCCACUGGAUAGACUUGCUGAUUCGGUGAGGAGCAAACCGUUCUCGGUGGUACUUUUGGAAGAUAUAGAGCAAGCUGACCCGAGGCUGAAAAGUUCCCUGGUGAAGGCCAUGGAGAGAGGUCGGCUGGCCGACUCGAGCGGACGAGAAGUCAGUGUGGCCAACUUGAUCGUCAUAAUGACCUCCAGUAUCGGAGAGGAGCUGCUGCCGCAGGAAAACCAAUUCACGUCGCUGGAGUUGAACGAGAAGAUCAUUGCCGGUACUGAGAUAGUCGGGAUGAAGCUGGUCGCGGCCGAGGCAGCAGAUCCGGAAGCCGUGCUCCACAAAGGCGAACGGGUGUCCGUCAUUAGAAGCUCGGUUCCCAGUGAUAGUACGUCGCAUAGUAAGCGUAAGGCAGGAGCCAGCGACCUGAUGGAAGCUCCGGCGGCUGUGGUGGAGAAGCGCAACAAGGUUGAGUCCCGAGGUGUGGAGCUCGACUUGAACCUGCCCCUGGAAGAAGACGAGGCAGCUCCAAAAGCUGGCGAUAAUGUGGUCGAGAAGAUCGACGUCAAGGAUAGCCAAGUGAAGCUGCUACUCGAGAGGGCCUGCGACCAGCUUUCCAAGAACUUCUGGGACAGAAUGAGCGGCACCAUUGUGUUCAGGCCUUUCAACUUCACGAAGUUGGCCGAGCUUGUCGUCAAGGAGAUUAGCACUGCUGCCUCUGGGCCGGAAGUUACCAUAGAAGUAGAGUCCACCUUAUUCAAGCAUCUGGUUGCGGUAGUCUGGGAAGGCCAAGGGAGAAACGACGAGUUUCAGAGGUGGGUAACUCAGGUCCUCGAAAAGAGCGUUUUGAGUUUGCUGGAGAAGCACAAGCUGCCCGAGCAACAUAUCAUCAAGCUGCUGGCGGACAGAUCUGAUCCUGCAGACGCAGUGUUACAUUUGCCGAACAGAAUUAAAAUAGGAGAUGAAGGAACGUGACAAACCUGGUGAGGAUCGCGGACAGUUCUCAUUUCUCUUUCGGCUGAGUGUACUAUAGUAACGAUCACAAUCCAGGUUACUGCAAAACAGUCUUGGCAUUGUACAGAACUUUACAAAAGGGAAACAAACAAUUGCAACUACCCGCUGCAAUUGUAUUUUGCUGGCAAAA